AAAGAAGAAAAAAAACGACGCCACUUUAAAGCUGGGAACAUUGGUAAACUUCGGAACUUUAAACGGCCGCAUAUUUUGUGAGACUUUUGUGAAGACCUUCAUUAGCUGGUUCAGGUGUGUUCAUUUGGGUUGAGCUGAACUCUACAGGACAGCGGUCUACCAGAAACAGGAGGACACUGCCUCUAAAAUGAGUAGAUCUGCUGCAUCAAGCUUUCACCAAUCCAUGGUAGAUGGAUGGGAUGAGUCAAGAUUGACUUCUUACAAUAGGAGACAGAGCUCUCCAGAACCCAGUGUUGUGUCUUUUAGGAGUAACGCAUCCAUGAUGACACCCCGCUCAUUCAGUGAGGUACCGCUCUUUGUAAGUGACAUCAGAGUGAAGAGAGAGAGAUCAGAAUCACAGGGACUCAGCAAUUCAUUUGUGCAGAGGAACAGACCCAUGACGCCCAGUCCUUCAUUCAGUGAUGAACCAGUUACCUUUGACUUCAGACAUGAUUUACAUCCCUGCCAUUAUCAGAACAACAUCACUCAACCAGUUCUGCAGACAAAAAAGAAUACAAACCUUCAGAGUGUGAAAGACCUACACAAAACCAGUAUGAAGAACAGAUACGAGAGGUUAUUUGAGGGAAUUGAACUUCAAGAAAAUCUAAACUUUCUGAAUGAGAUCCACACACAGCUCUACAUCAUAGAGGGAGAGAGUAAAGGUGUGAAUGAAGAACAUGAGGUUUUACAGAUGGAGAAAACAGCCAGAACAAAACACUCACAAGACACUCCAAUUGACUGCAAUGACAUCUUUAAAGCCUCACAUGAACCAGGAUGUGAGGAGAAAGACCAAAUCAAGACUGUUCUUACUAAAGGCAUCGCUGGAAUUGGAAAAACCGUCUCUGUGCAGAAGUUCAUUCUGGACUGGGCCGAGGGAAAAGACAAUCAGGAUGUGGAUUUCAUGUUUGUGCUUCCAUUUCGAGAGCUGAACUUGAUCCAAGAUCAUCAGUACAGUCUCCACAGACUUCUGCUGGACUUUCAUCCUGAACUUCAAGAUCUGGACUCAACGAUUUAUGAGGAGUGUAAAGUUGUGUUCAUCUUUGAUGGUCUGGAUGAAAGCAGAAUCACACUGAUGUUUUCAGAUGCUCAGAAAGUUUGUGAUGUGUUUGAGACUUCAUCAGUGGGUGUGUUGAUGUCAAACCUCAUGAAAGGAGAGCUGCUUCCCUCUGCUCUCAUCUGGAUCACUUCUAGUCCAGCAGCAGCCAAUCAAAUCCCCUCCAAAUACAUCACCCGUGUGACAGAAAUUCAGGGAUUCAAUGAGCCUCAGAAGGAGGAAUAUUUCAGGAAGAGAAUCAGUUACCGGCAUCAAGCCAGCAGAAUCAUCUCAAACAUCAGAAGAGCAAGAAGCCUCCACAUCAUGUGCCACAUCCCCGUCUUCUGCUGGAUCUCAUCCACUGUGCUUCAGAACCUUCUGAAAGAAGAUCUGAGUGGAGAAAUCCCUCAAACUUUGACUGAAAUAUACAUUAGUUUCCUGCAGAUUCAGAUCAACAUGAGGAAUCAGAAGUAUGAAGAGAGAGAUCCAGAGAAACUCCUGCAGUCCAACAGAGAAAUGAUUGUAAAACUUGCUGAAGUGGCUUUCAAACAGCUGAUGAAGGGCAAUGUGAUGUUUUAUGAGGAGGACCUGACUGAGAGUGACAUAGAUGUCACUGACGCCUCAGCAUACUCUGGGAUUUGCACUGAGAUCUUUAAGGAGGAAUCUGUGAUUCAUCAGAGGACAGUCUACAGCUUCAUUCAUCUGAGCGUUCAAGAGUUUCUUGCUGCUUUCUAUGUGUUUUACUGCUAUAUAACAAAGAACUUGCAGCCACUGAAGUUUUUUCUGUAUAAAUUAGGAUUUUACAAAACUGAUUAUGUCUCCCUGCAUAAUCUACUAACAUCAACUGUAGAUACAGCCCUUGAGAGUGAGAAUGGACAGCUGGAUCUGUUCCUGCGGUUCCUGCUGGGCGUCUCACUGGAGUCCAAUCAGAGACUCUUACAGAAUCUACUGACACACACAGAGAACAAAUCAGAGAGCAUCAGGAGAACCACACGGUACAUUAAAGAGAAGAUCAAAGAUGGACAUGGAUUUUCCAAUGAAAGAUCCAUCAAUCUGUUCUUCUGUCUGCUGGAAGUGAAAGAUCAGACUUUGUUCAGAGAGAUUCAGGAGUUUCUGAAAUCAGACAAACACUCAGAGAAGAAACUCUCUCCUGCUUACUGCUCAGCAAUUGCCAGUGUGCUUCAGAUAUCAGAGGAGGCGCUGGAUGAGUUGAACCUCAUGAAAUACAACACAUCAGAUGAGGGUAGAAGACGACUGAUACCAGCUGUGAUGAACUGCACAAAAGCUCUUCUUGCUGGUUGUGAUCUCUCUGGUCUGGACUGUAAAAUUGUGGCAUCAGCUCUACAAUCUUCAAACUGUGUCCUGAGAGAACUGGAUCUAAGUAACAACGACAUACAGGAUUCAGGAGUGAAACUGCUCUCUGAUGGAUUGAAGAGUCCACAUUGUCAGCUAGAGAUACUGAGGUUGUCUGGCUGUAUGGUGACAGAGGAAGGCUGUGGUUAUUUGUCUUCAGCUCUGAGUUCAAACCCCUCACACCUGAGAGAGCUGGAUCUGAGCUACAAUCACCCAGGACAUUCAGGAGUCCAGCUGCUCUCUGACAAACUGAACGAUCCAAACUGCUCACUGCAGAUACUCAAUUUGGACUAUGAAAACUUUUAGAAUCACGCCAGGAUUGGGAAAAUCUCUCUCUCUCUCUCUCUCUCUCUUUCUCUCUCUCUCUCACACACACACAAACACACACAGUUUACACAUUUUAUGGGUCCAUUCCAUGAUUUUUAUACUGCACAAACUGUAUAUUCAAUCCAUUAACACAAACCCUACACCUGAAGCUACCCUACACAAAUCUUUCCGCAUUUUUAGAUUUAAAAAAAAAUCUUUUUUUUAUCUUUUUUUUUAGAUUUAUGCCUGUAUAGAUGCCUGCAAUCUCACACUGGAUCCAAACACAGGAAACACUCAACUCUUGUUCUCUUUGUCAUUGUGAUCUCAUGAGAAUUUGUAUGUGUUUUACAUAUAAAAGAAUGCAUAAUGUUAAACAAGACUACACUUUAAAACUUUAAGAUGAGUAACAUUUCUGCAAUCAUUUAAAAAUAACUUAUCAUGUGAUAUUUUUGCUGUGGGACACAAAGCAUUUUUCUCAACAUGCUGUGGCUGACAAUAGAUCCAUAAAAUAAAAGGAAUCAAUUUUAUUUGUGCGUUGUAAUCCAAAUCUUCAGAAUCCAUAUGACUGCGAGGAACAGAUUUAACUCAUGCAGGAUAAACCUUAUGGCUGCGAGAUGCACACACACAGCAGUCAAAUAAGACUGCUGAAUCACAACACAAACCUUAUUAAACCCACAUAUCACAUCAUACCCAAUUCUAAGGAUCCAUUUUUGUUAAAAAAAAAAACAAAAAAAAAACAAAAGUUGAAUAAAGUUGAACCAUAAAAUAUAGUUGAAAUUACUCUUAGUAAUUAACUUAUUUUGAUGAGGUAAUGUAAAAGUUGCCAUAAUUUACUGAUUAAAUUUUUUAUAUAGUGUAAUUUCAAAUAACAAAUCUGAAAUGGCAACACAUCAUGUAGUCAAAGUCCAGGCAAAAAUCCAGGACAAGUAAACAAUCCGACAGCUAAACAAGGCAAGGCAAUAAUCCAACAAUCUUAAUCCAUAAAAACACACAAGAAAUCAUAUAAGUGAAGCAAAAAAAGGUACAAUGAAAAAACGUAUUGUAAAGCAGAUUACACAGGCAAUACUUUCCAUUUGUGCUCGGAGUACUUCAUGGCUAUAAUUUUUACAAACAGGAAAUGGCCACAGAAGCUGUGAGUAAGAUUUUCUUUGGCACUUGAAUUAAUGAGUGGGAAGCUAAACAGAAAUUAAAAUUUUGUCAUCAUUUACACUUCCUCAGGUUGUUCCAAAACUGUAUGAAUUUCUUUCCUCUGUUAAACACAAAGGAACAUAUUUUAAAGGGGUGAUGAACUGAGAAACCAAAAUUGUAGAGUUGGGGUACUCGGACUUGUACUCGGACUCGAGUCCGGUCUCGAGUACAAUUUUUAGGUGACUCGGACUUGUCACGGACUUGAGUCCAUCCGAGUCCAGAAAAAGUUGAAAAUGUCACUGACUCGAUGCAUUAUCACGAAAGUGAUAUUUAGUAUUUGUAUGUGAUUUUAAGUCUUGUCCAGUAGGCUACUUCAAAGUUUAUGUGCGCACACACUCAAAACGCGCUCACAGAACACGCCUCUCAAGCGGCUUUCACACCGAAUGCGGAAUGUGCUGCGCAGGCCGCUGGGUUCAGCGCAGCCCUUCAGAGCGCAGCAGCAAAAGUUCAACUAAUUUGAACUUCACGCCAGUGGUGUUUGUUGCUUUGAUCAAUGCAGCAACAAACCGUCCUCGCGCAGUUCUCUUCGGCUUCUAAUAGGUUCUGUAAUUGCUACACACAUGCUUGUCUUGGAGACUAUUCAUGUAGAUAAAGUUGGUUUUGUCUUAAGUAACCCUGAACAGUUGGGAGAAAUACUGAUACGUCAAAAUAUUUAAUCUGUGCGUCAGAUCUUAAAGCCACAGCAGCGUAAACCUGCAGCAAAAGAAAAAGAGAGAAUCACUCCCUUUUCUUAAAUGAAUCACGUAUUAACUGUAAUCAUCUUUAAUGUAUACAGUGAAGAUUUUGCAGUUUUAUUUUAACAUUUAUUACUUCAUGAAAUGUCUGUAGUAGUCUAUUUCUGUAGCUUUU